CUCUGUAAAACCCUUUUUGAAAACCCAAAUCAAAAUCCUGCAAACCGAAUUUCAAUUUCUCUGCGAUUGAGUUUCUCUCUAAAACCCUCCCUAUUGAGAAUCUCUGCAAAACUCCAUGGACGACAGAAUAUCUUACCUGCCGGGAGAUGUGUUGCGGGUCAUUCUAUACUUCUUGCCGCAGAAAGAGGCUGCGAGAACAUCCGUACUAUCGACGGCAUGGCGCAACUUGUGGAUUCGUCGGAAAAAUCUUGAGUUCUUCGAAUCCAAAUUCAAACGUUCAAAAGAGGAAUUUCGACAUGUAAUUGACGAUUCAUUACGGCGAUACCACGAUUCAGCUAUGUAUUUGGAGGAAUUUACCCUUUCGACAGCGUUGGAUGACGAAACGCUGCAACAUCUUCAGACAUUCUGGAUACCGAGGAUCGAACAGCUGGGUGGUAAAAAAAUUUCUUUAAUUUUCGAAUCACAAGAUGCAGAUAUGAAUAUUCCGUACGUGUUAUUCGAGAUUGUGCAAUUGUACAGUCUGCGUUUGGAAAAAUUUACCGACUCGCACUUGCAAGGUCUAAAUUUAGUCGCGUGCGUUAACCUGAGGAUGAUAGCAUUGGUAGAUGUCGAUGUUACGAACAAAGAUUUAGAGAACAUAGCUAAUAGCUGUCCACUCCUCGAAAACGUCACCGUACAACAUUGUCGGAUGGUAUCCAGGUUAAAUUUCGACGUUCUACACCAUCUCAAAACUUUAUGUUUUGAGAACUACGAGUUCCAUGAACAACAAAGCUUCGAAGUAUAUGUUUGGAAUCUUGAAACCGCCGUCAUCGGAUCGAACAUAUGUGAUAUUUUCAAGAUGGGAGGAUCUUUAUUACACAUGACAGAGUUGUCGCUCAAUCAUGUGAUGGAAGGCUUGAGAAAUUUGUCCAAUUGUUAUUUCCCGUGUUUGCAUUUUUUACGAAUUACCAACUGUCACUGUUUGAGUGGAGUGGAUACAGCAGUUAAUGCACCGAACUUGGUGCUUUUCGAAUACAAAGGACAAUUUGUCCCCAAGAUAAAGUUUGCACAAAUAAUUAAUCAGUGGGACUCAAAAAUUCAGUUGCUAAAGACAAGUAGUUCUGGUGAGUGGUUGCCAAAGUUGGCAGAGUUGCUUCAAUGUUUGGAAGGAUCUAAUGUGUACUUGAUAAUGGAUCACAAUGACAUUAGGAAGGAACACAUUUUUGAACGAACAAGGGCUUCUAAUAAGCAGGUUAUUGAGAGUUUGUCUGUGCGUUGCGAUUUAUCUGUUGCAUCCUCACUUUUUCUUUCGGUGUUUUUGGUAUGCAAACCAAAAAUACUAUAUUACAUCGGUGAUGACAGAGUUACAUCCGUAGCGUAUUUGUGGGGCAUUCUAAAAGAAGAGGGGAAUAUAAAGCACGAAAGCCUUCCACGGAUUCUCGAAUUUCAAGAAAUUCGAGAAUUGCUCUUAGAAGAAUUGGAGGAGGCCAAUUUUCAAAUCAAGAAGAAAUGGAACCGCGAAAAGGAUUGGCAUUCAUGUCCUCUUUUCGAGCAUCUUAUGAGUUAUAAACUUAGUCACUUUCGCUUCAUUUUGAAGUGGAAAGAAACAGUUGCUUGGAAGCAUUCUAUGGAAGAUUCUCAUGGAGAGAAAAAGUGGAAACGGGCAUGAUGAGCUCACACAGUUGUUUCGAGAUUUGGAGGAAGUAAGCUUCGAGAUGAAAGUGGACGAUCGAGAAGAAUGGCGUCCGACUUUAUUCUAAAUUGUCGACUUUUACAAUUUCGAUUUGUAUUGAAAUGGAGAAAUACUCCUCUGUGAG